AUGGCUGAGGACCUGCCGCUGCUGGAUACAGCCCCUGAGACAGAGACGCCAAACCCUGCCUAUCCUCAUGCGAAGGAUUUUGUGAGCAACACCUUGGGGAGACCUUCAUGUCCUCCUUUGGAAGGAUUGACCUCUGAGACGCCAAUCAUUGCUGGAGAUGAUCCUCUUAUGCAGGUGCUGCCUGUUAACGACCCUGUCGAUGGGCCCAUCAAUGAGCAGGCAGCACAGGAAAUCAGGGCAGGUGGAGCAAGCAAGUGCUGUCAGCUCAUGUCUUCUCGUGUGCCUCUAUGGGGCCAUGUUUCUUUUUGCGGAAGGAGACCAGAGAUGGAGGAUGCUCUGGCUGUGGUCCCACACUUCUCAGAGAUCCCAGCCCACAUGCUCACCAAAACAUUUUCGGCAGAUGGAGGAUUGGAAGCAGGCUUGACCCAGACGACUGCUCAUUUUUUCGGAAUCUACGAUGGCCAUGGAGGUUCCCAGGUGAUCUUCUUUCCAUUGACAUUUUUUUUUGGGUUGUCCUUAUCUAAUGCAGUGAAUUCCAAUCGCUUCUUUAGGUAGCUAAUUACUGUCGCCAUCGCAUGCAUAUGGCAUUAAUGGAGGAGAUUAAGAAUCUUGAAUGUGCUUCAGAGAGCAUUGGCGAGAAAGACAGACAGAAGCUGUGGGAGAGUGCUUUCACUAAUUGCUUUCUAAAAGUUGAUGCUGAGGUUGGAGGGACAGCGCAUGGAUCCACUGGCAGUGGCAACGAUUGCUGUGCAGAACCCGUUGCGCCAGAAACAGUAGGAUCAACCUCUGUUGUGGCUGUUAUUUGUUCCUCUCACAUUAUCGUUGCAAACUGUGGGGAUUCGAGGGCAGUGCUCUGUCGCGGCAAGCAACCGUUGCCUUUAUCAGCUGAUCACAAAGUAAGGCCCAUAGUUGCAUACUUAGUCUUUCAUUUUCUUCCAUAGUAUGCCACCUGUGCCAAUGCCCUUCUGUUGGUUGCAGCCUGACAGAGAGGACGAAUAUGCUCGAAUUGAAGCCGCUGGAGGUAAGGUUAUUCAGUGGAGAGGGUAUCGGGUAUCUGGUGUCCUUGCGAUGUCAAGAUCAAUAGGUACGUGGCUUAAAUAUCCUGAUUUAGAUGCUUGCCGAGCAUCUUUUACAGCACAGAGAGCAAUCAAAUGAUUAACCCCUUGCUCUUAUCAUUGCUUGCAUAAAUGGGAUCAUGCCAUCGAGGAAUUCCCUACUAGUUUUAGUUCCGACAUGGCCUUAUGAUCAUCUGAUCACUCUACUUUGCGAGGUUUGUCAUGCUUGGGUCAAUUAAUAGUGAACAUGUGAAACUCUGGUUUGAGAAUGAGAAGAAUCGAUCCAUUGGUCUUUUUCAGUCAUGUUUCAGGACACUUGCGGAUAUCUCUUUGCCUUUGUAAAUAUGGAUAUGAGGAUGGUCCUAGGUCAGAUAAUGGCAUGAUAACCAAAGUAAGAGCUUGGACAUGCAAAGUCCUUUCUGUAUUUUUUAUUGACAUGGGAACUCAGUAGCCUCUGAGUUCGGAUUGUGUCUGCAGAAUCAUGAACAGAUUUCUAGAGUGUAAAUUGUAGAUGAUAUUCAUUGUCAUGAAUUCAUAACUGGUCAAGAUUUCCACUAAAAGAAACUAAUUUCGAUAACUUUUCCCACGUUCAUUGUUGUAAUUCACUGUUUCCUGAUAAUACCCUACCUGAUAACGGGUGAAUAAUUAUAGACCCAGUGCAACCAAUCUUUCUCUUGAGCCGAUUUUGGAAGGCAUGGGAGCAGGACCUGUUGAAAUCGAUCCUUCCAGACCAUUUCUAUGGAUCAUGCUGGGUUUCUGGAUUUGAGCCACGCUGUUCAUGCUCUUUCAUUUCCAAAAGUGCCAUAGAUGAAGGGGGCCGAAAAGAAUUUCAUGAUUUCCAGAAUUUUCAUUUUUACCUCCUUAAGUAAUAUUCAUACUCGGGCUCCCACCAUCUCUGGCAUGAAGGUGGGCACCAUGCUUAUAUCAGAUCCUUAAUACCUCCUUCUUUGCGUGAUUAAAUCUGAUGGGGUCGUCUCUCAUUCAGGAGCCAUGCCUGAAAACCUCUCUGCUUCUGUUACGUAGCCUUCCAUCCAUCCUCUCGCUCUAGAGUUUCUUCUCUCUUCCUUCUCCUUUAAAGCUUUCAGCUUCCGGGUCGGUCUACAUCUGCGUUUUCCUGUGGAACUUGCGGAAAACUGUCUCCCAACCUCGGAUGGUCCCUUCACGUUGACCUUUCCUCGCUCUUCCGCAAGAUCCCCUCACCUUCCUCCUGGCCGCAUCUGUUGAUCCUUGUGACUGAUAUGCCGCAUUGGAUAUUCGAACCAUCAUCCGGAGCCAUCAGAUUUAGAUAAAAUUCUCUGGCAGCUAACUGUCUGUUGAUUGAUCACGUUUGUGAUUAAAACCCUAGAUUCAAUGUCGAAAGAAUUAUCAUCAUCGUCGUCGUCGUCAACCUCAGCCGUUGCAUCUUCCAGAGGUAUACAAAAGUUGGAUUAAUGGUGCUCUGAUUUUCAGGGGACAGGUAUCUGAAGCCGUGGGUGAUCCCAGACCCGGAAGUCAACGGCGUCCGCCGGACGAAGGAAGACGACUGCCUCAUCCUCGCCACGGACGGCCUGUGGGACGUCAUGACCAACGAGGAGGCCUGCACAGCAGCCCGCAAGAGGAUUCUGGCCUGGCACAAGAAGAACGGCGCUACCGCCACCGCUUCGACGGAGAGGUAUAGUGGCGCCGACCCCGCUGCCCAGGCCGCCGCCGGGUACCUCGCCCGGCUCGCCCACCAGAAGGGCAGCGAGGACAACAUCACCGUCAUCGUGAUAGACCUUAGGCCGCACAGGCGGUUCAAGACCAGAGCUGUACACGCAAUUGAAUAA